ACGGUAACGGUCUGCGACUCCGCAGUUUCAAUCGUGUCGCUCAAGGAACGGACAAACACGGUGAGUUGUGGAUCAUGGCUGACAGUGACUCUGGUGAGACCUCUGAUCGGUAUGAAUUUGACGCCCCGUCCAGUGUCGUCGACCUGAAGGAGCUGGACAAAGCUGAUAAUAAUGAUAUGUGGUUUGAGCAACAGUCCGAAGUAGUAGACAGCCCCUUUCAAACAACGGGAGUAGACCGACUCUUCAUGAGAACCGACAGUGUCAACCAGCCAGUUGCCGUCGUUGCUCCUCAAGUGAAGACAGACACCGACUCUGGACCCAGCACGUCCACAUACCGACCUCCAAACGUGGUCACAUCCUGGGGCGGAGUAACUCCCGCUCAAAGUGGAGCGCGGCCAAAAACGAGGACCUCAAAUCCACCCCCUGCCCAGCGAUUAAGGGUUUCCAAACGUAAAUCCACCGCUACGGCUGCACCGCCAUUAAAGAAACAGAAGAAGAGUCCCGUAGCUAGACCGGUCCGAAGAAGCAGCGCCGCCCGUCGCAGGACCGUUCAGGCGAACACUGGGACUUCGACCAUCAGCCGGGCUGCAGCUCCAACUCCUGCAAACACAGUGCCGAGCAGCUCUGAAGAACAGGAGCUGGAACGCAUCAGGAAGCUGCAACAGGAAGUCGUUCUGCAUCGCAAGAAGAACGAGGCGAGCUACAAAGCAGCUCUGGCUGGCAAUCCACCACCAAAGAAAAUGGUCCUUUCAGCGACUGUGCCUAAAGAAUUCCACUUCAACUCGAACACACGGUCCAAGACGGCCGCUGCAUCCAACGCGGCUCACAGGGAAGUGGACUAUGCUGCCCAGCUCCGCAAACCGUCGUCUCCAGCAAGGCCUCCGAGAGGUGCCACAGUGCCCAAACCCUUCAACCUGUCGACGGGCAACAAGAGAAGGAUGGGUGAGCCGUCGGCCUAUGUGCCCAUGGCUCAGCAGAUAGCACAGUUCCAGAAACGAACCCCUGAGCGCUACCACCUGCGCAGCCGCAGCAGUCAAGCAAGAGGACCAUCUCCAGUGAAGGGGGAACACCUGAGGCUCACCCAUCCUCACACCCCACACCUGAUGACCAACCAGAGGAGCCGACCCCCCACUGUUAAGAGCAGCGAAGAGCUAGAGGCGGAGGAGGUGGAGAAACUUAACAAGUUUCAAUUCAAGGCUCUGGAGCUGAACAGGAAGAUUCUGGAGGGUGUAGAAGGUCUAAAGAAGCCGUCUGUGAAGGAGCCGACUGUACCGGAAGGCUUUGAGCUGCAGAUUGAAAAGAGGCUCCAGGAGAGACAGGCCGCCAAACCUCAGGAGGACGAAGAGAAACACACCUUCAAAUCCCAGCCUCUGCCCAAGAAGAUCCUGGAAGGCGUGACGGGAGUACCCGACAAGAAAGUUCUGCCUCCCACAGUGCCGGAGUCUCCAGCUUUUGCCCUGAAGAAGAGGAUCCAUGUGGUGCCCAAGGUGGAAGUGAAGCCGCCGUCACCAAUCAAGGCCCCCCCAGUGCCUCACUUUGGCCUCCCCUUCCAGCCCCAACUCCCAGAGAGUCACAACGUGGAGGUCUGUCCUUUCUCCUUUGAAGAGAGGGAGCGAGAGAGGAGGGCACUGAAAGAGAAGAAACUGGUGGAGAUGCGAAAUGAAGAGGUUCCACAGUUUAAGGCUCAGCCUCUCCCGGACUUUGACGCCGUCAUCCUCCCAGAGAAGAAGAAGCUGGAGCCCACAAAGCCCGAGCCCUUCAAAAUGCGCCUGGACGAGCGAGGAGCCGUCAAGUCCAGCCGCUGGGAACAAAUGGUGAAAGAGGAGCAGAAACAACGUGAAGAAGCAGCCGUAUUCAAAGCGAGGCCGAACACAGUCACCCAUAAAGAGCCUUUCCAGCCUAAAAAGGAUAGCCGCACUGUAUCAGGCAUUUACUCAUCCUCAGUGACGGAGGCCUUCGAGCUGUCGACGGAGCGGCGGGCACGGGAGCGGCAGGAGUUCGAGCGUCAGGCCAGCGAGAAGGAGGCUCUCAGGGCGCUGAUGGAGGAGGAGCAGAGACGAGAGGAGGAGCAGAGGAAGAAGGAGGAUGUCUCAAGGAUGCGGCAAGAACAGGUUCAUAAAGCUCAACCCAUCAGACACUACAAACCUGUCGACCUGAAGAAAAGUGAAGUUCCUCUCACCGUACCACACUCACCAAACUUCACAGACCGCUUCCGCUUGUGAUCAUCCCCCCUCUCUCCACAUAUUUACUUCAUGAGUUUUAAUUUCAUCCUUGUAGGCAGAUCCCUGAACUUUUAUAUUUCCGCCAGACUUCUGGCUGUAACCGUGUAAAUAGACGUGUCUUUGAUAUGACUGAAGCUCUGCUGUUGUCUGUUCUAUGUUGAGCUUUAGAUUUUAACCACAUGCUGUAUAUUCUCUUAACUCCUCUUUACUUUUCUUUUAAUAAAGUGUUGUCAAAUAAAA